GUCUACCAGGGUCGACUUUUAGGCCUCACGGGGUAGAGGACGGUUCUGCGCCUGCGCCUACGACCGUUUUCAUUCGCGGUGCUCGGCGCCCAGAGCCUGGGCAAGCCGGUGGGAGCCGCCUCCGCCAUGCACCGGCUGCAGGUAGUGCUCGGCCACCUGGCCGGCCGGCCCGAGUCCAGCUCGGCCGCGCUGCAAGCCGCGCCCUGCGCCGCUGGCUUCCCGCGGGCCUCGGCCUCCGACGUGGUGGUGGUGCACGGACGGCGCACCCCGAUCGGCCGUGCGGGCCGCGGCGGCUUCAAGGACACCACCCCCGACGAGCUUCUGUCGGCCGUGCUGACCGCGGUGCUCCAGGACGUGAAGCUCAGGCCUGAGCAGCUGGAAGACAUCUCCGUGGGCAACGUGCUUCAGCCCGGAGCUGGGGCCAUCGGGGCACGCAUCGCCCAAUUUCUGAGUGGCAUUCCAGAGACUGUUCCUUUGUCUACAGUCAACAGACAGUGUUCGUCGGGACUGCAGGCAGUGGCCAAUAUUGCUGGUGGCAUCAGAAAUGGGUCUUAUGACAUUGGCAUGGCCUGUGGGGUGGAGUCCAUGUCUCUGUCUGAGAGAGGGAACCCUGGGAAUAUUUCCUCUCGCCUGCUGGAAAACGAGAAAGCCAGGGACUGCCUGAUUCCUAUGGGGAUAACUUCAGAGAACGUGGCUGAGCGGUUCGGCAUUUCACGGCAGAAGCAGGAUGCCUUCGCGCUGGCCUCCCAGCAGAAGGCAGCGAGAGCCCAGAGCGGUGGACGUUUCCGAGCCGAGAUCGUGUCUGUGACAACCACCGUCCUCGAUGACAAGGGCAACAAGAAAACCAUCACUGUGACCCAGGAUGAGGGUGUCCGUCCCAGCACCACCAUGGAGGGCCUGGCCAAGCUGAAGCCUGCCUUCAAGGAUGGGGGAUCUACCACGGCUGGAAACUCCAGUCAGGUGAGUGACGGAGCGGCUGCCGUCCUGCUGGCCCGGAGGUCCAAGGCUGAAGAACUGGGCCUCCCCAUCCUCGGGGUCCUGAGGUCCUACGCAGUGGUUGGCGUCCCUCCCGAUAUCAUGGGCAUCGGGCCUGCCUAUGCCAUCCCCGUGGCCUUGCAGAAAGCAGGGCUGACUGUGAACGACAUAGACAUCUUUGAGAUCAAUGAGGCCUUUGCCAGCCAGGCCCUCUACUGUGUGGAGAAGCUGGGGAUCCCUGCCGAGAAAGUGAACCCCCUGGGGGGUGCGAUAGCCCUGGGCCACCCCCUGGGCUGCACCGGAGCGAGGCAGGUAGUCACGCUGCUCAAUGAACUGAAGCGCCGUGGGAAACGGGCGUACGGCGUGGUGUCCAUGUGCAUCGGGACCGGGAUGGGAGCUGCUGCCGUCUUUGAAUACCCUGGAAACUGAAGCCCUGGCUACGGGCACCACCAGAGCGCCCUACAGUGGUGGCCAGAGGGGGACUCCACGGAGGCCAUUGGCAUGGGACACCACUGUAUCACAGCACUUUAAUGUAAUGUAAUCAUUGGUGGCACAAGAAGGCGGGGCUGUCCCAUGAAGUACCCCGGGCUAUGGCAACAUGAGCGUGGGACACUGUGUUGCGAGGGCAUUUGUACCUCUGAGUAGUAAAUGCGUGGUCUCAUUA